AUGAGGUGCUGGCUGUGCUCACCUGUGAUUGAGCACAUUUCACCUUCUCAUUUGUCAUUUCUACUGGGCGCUAAGCAGAAAGGACGAAUAACCCUAACCCCAAGAAAAUGCUUGGUGCUGGACACGCUGAGCAAGGAGGAGGCUGCCAAGAAAGUUAUGGUUAUCGACAGUGAUCUCGAGGGUUCCACCGGUCUCAAGGUUAUCCACCAAAAGCACCCCGAGGUGUUCGUUCCCUCUGGUAUCAUGGAACGUGGAACUUUCUUGACUGCUGCUGUUUAUAAUGCUACUCGUGAGGUGCCAGCUGUGCUAUUCACUCUAUGGGGAAUCACCUCACGCCUCUGUUCCAAGUCUGCCAGCAUCUUGAAACAAUCAGCAUGCUACAAUGCUGACAAAAACCCACAUCUACCAUCUUUGCAUUAUGGAUGGUACAGACGAGAUCUUCUCCGUGACGUGAAGAAACCUUGUCAGCAGGUGGAAGAAGCUUUUGCUGAAGACCAGCUCGACUACGUGGAUCUCAAUCUUGAGGACAUGAACAUCGCUGGACUGUCUCGCCUGCCAUCACCACCAGAAAAUCCACCCACUCCAUCACCAGCAAGAUCACCCACUCCACCCACACAAUUUCUCUCAAAGCAUUUGGGGUGUUCAAUUCAAAUACCCCGGCGCUUUAUUGACUAUCUUCCUGGCUCGGCAAUCCCAUUGGCUCACAUGCCAAUUAAGCAACCUCUAUGCUGUGCACCUCCUCAGCGGGAACCAACUCCGUCAGAGUCUUCUGAUGAGGAUCCAUUAUUUAUUGAGCCGCCACCUGCAGAUCCUUUUCAGACAGAUCCAGAUUCAAUGGGUCUUUAUCAAGUCUACCCAGCUCAUCCGACCUUCAUCCCUCCCAACAAUACUUCCCUCAUCAAUCUCACAGAUGCGCCGACACUUGAAGGAUGA